AUGACUCUUUACUUGACAAUUGGAUUCCUCGAGCUACUUCAAUAUACCACCCUGGCGAUACACGCAGGAAUAUCUUCCGAGGAGAGGGACCUGGUUGCAAAGAACUUCAAUAAGCCACAUUUCAAUGUUGACUGUCUCGUCGACUGCCUAGAGGAUGACAUAGACCAUGAUACUGAUGACUGCCUCGACAAUGAAAUCGUUUCCGAAGUUGACGAAGAGCUAAAUGGCAAGGAUGGAAAGGCUGUAAUAGCCGAAGAGGCCAAGCCCGAGGGCCCGAGUCUGACGGCAGCCUCCCGUGCCCUAGUAUGGGCUGGCGAGGUCGACGUAGCCAAGUCAAACUGGGACUCUGAUUAUAGGUCCUCCUCGUGGUUCUCCACGUACUACUGCUUCCAUAGGGAUGGAACCACUCCUUCUAAUAUUCGGAAAAUCGACUCAUUCGCGGACUCUUACUACCUGGAGGGUGGUAGGCUCUGCAUUCGACAUUUUAAGACGGGGCUUUCCCUAGUCUGUGCCCCGGAAUCUCAGGUCCUGAACUCCCUGAAGCGAGCUCAUGACUACAACGGACAUUGGGGCAAACAGGGCACAUUGGCCUUACUGCGGAGACAUGUGUACUGGCCCAAUCAGUCCACCAAUGGUAUGGGAAACAAGCCUUGA